CACCUGCAUGGCCACUUUGCCCAGCUCCGAUAGGAGGGCUUUUGCUCUGAAAAUUAACAGGAAUUCUUCAGCAGAUAUAAGAAGGCAAUUUGUGAACCAACCAAACCUUGGACAGUUCCCUCAGCGAAGUAUCAGUAGCCCUGGUUUCUCUUCUGUUCAUCUACCUCAGUUCUAUGAUGCAGUAGAGCCCGUGGAUUUUGAAGGUUUCCUAAUGAUGCAGCUGAAUAGCUUAGAUUCGGAUCUCCUUCAAGAACUGGGUGAUUUUCCUGAAGAUGAUUUGGAGGUGGUCUUUACUCCAAAGGAGCACAGGACCUUGCAGCCAUCAUUACCAGAAGAAGGAGCUCAGUUGGAUCCACAUGUUCGGGACUGUGUGCAGACCUAUAUUCGUGACUGGCUGAUCGUGAAUCGGAAAAACCAAGGGAAUAAUGAGACAUACACCUUAACGAAAAGAGGAUCCAGAAGAGAUUUCCACAAGACUCUUACAAAGCAAACAUUUGAAUCUGAAAUUUUGGAUUACAGUGAUUAUCAGCAGGCAGGUCCCAGGACUUUAAAGCUCCUCUGUGACGAAUCUAGUAGACCCACGCUGACCUCUGGAGACUUUGUCCUGCGCAGCUUGGAACCUGACCGUCGUCUAACAAAUCUGCUACAGCACGUGAAUGCAGAAGACUUCCGGAGACGAAAUGAGGAGGCACGACGGGCCAACAGGCCUACAGAAUUGUUUGCUCUGUAUCCCAGUAUAGAUGAGGAGGAUGCUGUGGAAAUACGACCGUUGCCUGAAUGCCCCAAUGAAUAUCUGGGCAAUAAGAUUCUGGUAAAAGUACAGACACUAAAAUUUGAGAUAGAAAUUGAGCCAUUAUUUGCAAGCUUAGCCCUCUACGAUAUAAAAGAAAGGAAAAAGAUCUCGGAAAAUUUUCAUUGUGAUUUGAACGCUGAACAGUUCAAAGGGUUUUUACGAUCACAUACGCCGCAUAUUGACCCUUCUAGUCAGGCAAGGUCUGCAGUAUUUUCUGUAACGUAUCCCACUCCAGAUAUCUACCUUGUAUUGAAGAUUGAAAAAGUCCUUCAGCAAGGAGAAAUUGGAGAUUGUGCAGAACCCUACAUGGUUCUCAAAGAAAAUGAAAGUGGGAAGACCAAAGAAAAGGUUGAAAAAUUAAAAGUACAAGCAGAGUCCUUUUGCCAACGUUUGGGAAAGUACCGCAUGCCUUUUGCUUGGAUUCCAAUAAGCUUAGCAAAUUUCUUCAAUAUUUCAACACUUGAAAGAGAUAUUGCAGAGUUAGACGUUUUAAAUGGCAAAGGAUCCAGCGGAGAUAGAAAAAUGAUGGCAAUGCCAGCUAGGAGAUAUUCUGAAAGAAGCCUUGGCUUGGAGGAUGUUCCUGGUGUGCCAAAUUUCAAAACCAGCACUCUGACUUUCAACACAUUUUUUAAACAGGAAGGAGACAGACUUAGCGAUGAAGACUUAUUCAAGUUUCUAGCCGAUUGCAAGAGAACAUCUUCCUUGCAGAGAAGAGUGAAGUCUGUGCCAGGGUUUCUUAAAUUGGAGAUCUCCCCAGCUUCAGAAGGUCUCAGUUGUUGUCUCAACCCAGAAUUAUUACAGGUGAAGCCAUUCCCUGAAAACCGCAGCCGUCCUCAUAAAGAGAUUCUAGAGUUUCCAAUACGAGAAGUCUAUGUCCCACAUACUAUAUAUAGAAAUCUUCUCUAUGUGUAUCCACAACGGCUGAAUUUUGCAAACCGCCUUGCCUCAGGACGAAACAUUACCAUUAAGAUCCAGUUUAUGUGUGGAGAAGACCAUUCCUGUGCUAUGCCGGUCAUCUUUGGAAAAUCUACAGGUCCAGAAUUUGUUCAAGAAAUUUACACACCUGUUACAUAUCAUAACAAGUCUCCUGACUUCUAUGAAGAAGUGAAAAUUAAGCUCCCAGCCAAACUGACAGAAAAACACCACCUGCUGUUCACCUUUUACCACAUCAGUUGUCAGCCAAAACAAGGAUCAUGUGUAGAAACUCUCUUGGGAUAUUCAUGGCUGCCGAUUCUGUUAAAUGAUCGUCUCCAAACAGGCCAUUAUUGCCUCCCUGUUGCCUUGGAUAAACUGCCUUCCAACUAUUCAAUGUACUCAGCAGAGAAAGUUCCUCCACAAUCUCCUCCAAUUAAAUGGGUUGAAGGACACAAAGGGGUCUUUAAUGUUGAAGUGCAAGGAAUAUCAUCAGUUCACACGCAGGACAAUCACCUUGAGAAGUUCUUCACCCUGUGCCAUGCGCUAGAAAGCCAAGUCGCCUUCCCUAUUCGAGUGUUGAAUGAGAAGAUCACAGAAGGCACUCUUGAACAUGAGCUGAAACUUAGCAUUAUUUGCUUGAAUUCCUCCCGUCUUGAACCCCUAGUGUUGUUCUUACACUUGGUGUUGGAUAAGCUAUUUCAGCUGGCCGUCCAACCCAUGGUUAUAGCUGGCCAAACAGCCAACUUCUCCCAAUUUGCCUUUGAAUCUGUGGCCGCGAUAGUGAAUAGCCUCCACAACAGCAAAGACCUGAGCAAGGACCAGCAUGGGAGAAACUGUCUGCUAGCAUCUUAUGUCUACUAUGUGUUCCGUCUUCCCGAGGUUCAAAGAGACUUCAAACUAGGUACACCAGGAGGUGCUCAUCUGCCUGAAUCCCGUUAUUAUACCUAUGGCCGCACCACGGCUGUCUCCGUGGGCUCUCGCCUCUUGCAGAGCAGGGCAACAAGCUGCAGUAAUCCAGAUAUUGCUGGGGCACAAGCCGCUAGUGACGAAGAAGUCCGAUCCAUCAUGGCCUCCAGGGUUGCAGAUCGUAGCUACAACCGGAUGUCUUGCUAUAGUGAGCCCAGCAGUGAUACGUCAAGUCCCUGCACAAGCCCUCAGCUAUCAUCCAGUAAAAAGCAUUUCCAUGAAGAGUUAGCACUUCAGAUGGUGGUCAGCACUGGUAUGGUGAGAGAAUCGGUCUUCAAGUAUGCCUGGUUCUUCUUUGAACUGCUGGUCAAGAGCAUGGCUCAGCAUGUGGAUAACACGGAGAAGCAGGAUGCUCCCCGCAGAUCUCGGUUUUCCAAUCGCUUCAAGGAUGACAUCACCACGAUAGUCAAUGUGGUCACCUCUGAGAUUGCUGCGCUUUUAGUCAAACCACAGAAGGAAAGUGAACAAGCCGAAAAUAUCAACAUAAGCCUGGCUUUUUUCCUGUAUGAUCUUCUUUCUCUAAUGGAUCGUGGAUUUGUGUUUAACCUCAUCAAACACUACUGCAAUCAGUUGUCUAUUAAACUGAAUACUCUUCCAACGCUGAUUUCCAUGAGGCUGGAGUUCCUGCGAAUUCUCUGCAGUCAUGAACAUUACCUCAAUUUGAACCUCUUCUUUUUGACUUCAGGAUCUGCUCCAACAUCUCCCUCUCCUUCUCUGUCAUCCCAGAAUUCGAGCUCCUGCUCAAGUUUCCAGGAUCAAAAACUUGCCAGCAUGUUUGACCUUACAGCAGAUUACCGGCAGCAGCACUUCCUAACCGGGCUCCUCUUCACUGAAUUGGCAGCCGCCCUGGACACAGAGGCGGAAGGGAUAAGCAAAGUGCAGAGGAAAGCGGUCAGUGCUAUCCACAGCCUGUUAAGUUCGCAUGACUUGGACAAAUCCUGCUUGAAACCAGAAGUGAAAGUGAAAGUCGCUGCCCUUUACCUGCCUCUCGUUGGGAUAAUUUUGGAUGCAUUUCCACAGUUACAUGAUUUUACAGUUUCUGAUGGUCGCAAUGGGAAAAGCCGCACUGGAUCUCCAGAUGACGAACAGGAGGCUGCAAGCCAGAUUAACCAGAAUAUUGCUCUAGCCAUUGCUGGGAAUCAAUUUAAUCUCUUACGAUCCUCUUCCUCAUCUUUGUCCACAGUGACCUACAAGCAGUACAACAUUUUAAGCCCCGAGACUACACGUCACCUUUUGAUCUGUUUCCUAUGGAUCAUGAAGAAUGCUGAUCAGAAUCUUAUUCAGAAAUGGAUUGCUGAUCUGCCAUCUAUGCAACUGAACAGGAUUUUAGACCUUCUUUUCAUCUGUGUCUCAGGCUUUGAGUACAAGGGCAAACAAAGCUCAGACAAAGUCAGCACUCAAGCGCUCCAGAAGUCAAGAGAUGUAAAAGCCCGUCUAGAAGAGGCUUUACUAAGAGGAGAGGGAGCCAGGGGUGAAAUGAUGAGGCGUUGCAGGAUGCCUACAGGGAAUGAUAGGUUCCCAGGGUUGAAUGAGAACCUGCGAUGGAGGAAAGAGCAGACACACUGGCGGCAAGCAAACGAGAGGCUAGAUAAAACAAAAGCUGAGAUUGAUCAAGAAGCUCUGGUUAGUGGGAAUCUGGCUACAGAAGCUAAUCUGAUCAUUCUAGAUAUGCAGGAAAACAUCAUCCAGGCAACCUCAGCUGUGGACUGUAGAGAGAACAUUUUGGGAGGUGUGUUGAAGGUCCUAGUAAAUUCUCUGAACUGUGAUCAGAGCACAACCUACCUGACUCAUUGUUUUGCUACUCUCCGGGCACUCAUUGUCAAGUUUGGGGACUUGCUAUUUGAAGAGGAAGUGGAGCAGUGUGCUGACCUCUGCCAGAGAGUCCUGCAGCACUGCAGUAGCAGCAUUGAUGAAACUCGGAUUCAAGCCUGUGCCACCCUUUACCUCCUCAUGAGAUACAGCUUCAGCUCCAGCAGCAACUUUGCACGAGUGAAAAUGCAAGUGACAAUGUCACUGGCUUCCCUGGUUGGUAAAGCAUCAGAUUUUAAUGAGGAAUAUCUCAGAAAGUCUUUACGUACGAUUUUGGCGUAUGCAGAGGAAGACGUAGACAUGCAGCCGACUCUGUUCCCAGCACAGGUGGUAGAUCUACUGUGCAAUCUGAACAGCAUAUUGUCAGACACAGUGAAAAUGCGAGAGUUUCAGGAAGAUCCCGAAAUGCUUAUGGAUCUGAUGUACAGAAUUGCGAAAGGGUAUCAGACAUCCCCGGACUUGAGGCUUACCUGGCUGCAGAAUAUGGCAGAGAAGCAUGCCAAGAAGAAAUGCUACACGGAGGCUGCCAUGUGUCUAGUUCAUGCUGCGGCUCUAGUGGCGGAAUACCUGAGCAUGCUGGAGGAUCACAGUUACCUGCCCGUUGGCAGUGUCAGCUUUCAGAAUAUUUCCCCCAAUGUGCUAGAGGAGUCUGCCGUUUCAGAUGAUGUUCUAUCUCCAGAUGAAGAUGGAGUUUGCUCAGGAAGGUAUUUCUCAGAGAAUGGGUUGGUUGGUCUGCUGGAACAUGCUGCAGAGCUGUUUAACACAGGAGGACUGUGUGAAACUGUAAAUGAGGUCUACAAGGUGGUCAUCCCUAUCUUAGAAGCACAUCGAGAUUUCAGGAAGCUUUCUUCUAUACACAGUAAACUUCAGAAGGCCUUUGAGAGCAUAGUAAAUAAGGGUCAAAAGAGAAUGUUUGGCACUUAUUUCCGUGUUGGCUUCUAUGGAGCCAUAUUUGGAGAUUUAGAUGAACAGGAAUUUGUUUAUAAAGAGCCUGCCAUUACCAAACUUCCUGAGAUUUCUCACAGACUGGAGGGGUUUUAUGGCCAGUGCUUUGGGGAGGAUCGCGUUGUAGUGAUUAAAGACUCGACUCCAGUAGACAAGAGCAAACUAGAACCCAGUAAGGCCUACAUACAAAUAACCUUUGUGGAACCCUUCUUUGAUGACUAUGAGAUGAAAGACAGAAUGACCCACUUUGAGAAAAACUUCAACCUUCGAAGAUUUAUGUACACCACCCCUUUCACUCGGGACGGACGCCCACGAGGAGAACUGAGUGAGCAGUAUAAGAGGAAGACCAUUUUGACUACUAUGCAUGCUUUCCCCUACAUCAAAACUAGAAUCAAUGUCAUUCAAAAGGAGGAGUUUGUUUUGACGCCAAUUGAAGUAGCUAUUGAAGACAUGCAAAAGAAAACCCUGGAACUGGCUGUUGCCACCAGCCAGGUGCCGCCCGAUGCCAAAAUGCUCCAGAUGGUGCUUCAAGGUUCUGUGGGAGCCACUGUAAAUCAGGGACCACUAGAGGUAGCCCAAGUGUUCCUGGCUGAUAUUCCGGAAGAUCCAAAACUUUAUCGACAUCACAACAAGUUGAGGUUAUGCUUCAAAGAGUUCAUAAUGAGAUGCGGUGAAGCAGUGGAGAAAAACAAGCGUCUGAUUACAGCAGACCAAAGAGAAUAUCAGCAGGAACUGAAAAAGAAUUAUAACAGGUUGAAAGAGAACCUCAGACCAAUGAUUGAGAGGAAAAUCCCAGAGCUGUAUAAACCCAUUGUGAAAUUUGACAGUAUUUCAAGAGACUCUUUCCGUAGCUCUAGUUUUAGGAAGUAUGAAAAUCUGCCUUCCCAAAACACUUAAGAAGAGCGAUCUCAUGAGAAGGGGAUUGUGCAGGAGAUAAAACACAAGAUCAUAUGCAAACGGCUGUACCACUUUGGACAUUCCCGACAAAUCCUGAUGGCCACGUGAUGGCAAGAUUGCUAUGUGUACAAGGCUCAAGAAGGAAACAGAAGUUAUAACAAAUGUAUCCACUAGUGAGAACCAACAGUUGUUGCUGGAGAAGAGAUCUUUGAAAACUUGACUUGGAUAUUUGUGCACACAGAGGAAACAUCCCCAUAUUUUCUCCACGAUUCUAAAGGCCAGUUAAUGAUAUUACAUUAUCCACACAAUAUUCCCUCUUUGUUGUACAUGUAUGUUGUAUACCUCCUCUGUGGAUCUUAGAUCAUAGAAAUCCCAUGGAAAGUUUCCAAAUUAAUCCAAGCAUCAUUUUGCAUAAUCAUGUAUUUGCAUCAACGCUAUGCAAACUCAUUCUCCAAGCAACAGAUGUGAACAGUUACAAGACCUAGAAACGAACGACAAUAUCCAGCUAAAGUUAAACACAUUUAAAUCCGAUUGAUUUCAGUAGGAGAGUUAUGAAUAUGUGUAAUUCCAGCGUAUUUGAAGAGAACAAUCUUAUUACUUGAUGGGAUGCAUUGCAAUCUAGUAAGAGCUUUUCUCAUCGAACCUGGUGAAAUCAUGCUUAAACCAGUAGAGUCAACUUACAUAAGGAUGAAAAAGUAACAUGUAUUUCAGUCUCUUUGGAUAGACAGGGAUCUAAUCAAAAUGGAGGCCACACAGGUGAGACCAACAUUCAGAUUUAAACUAUUACUGCUUAAGUUCUAUUUGAAAACCACAGGGAUUCAUUCUAGUUGGAAUGUUUUAUUGUAACUAUUAUUACUAUUAUUUAAAAAGUAGCACUGUAUUUCUUUUAAUUUUUGAAAUAUGAGCUUACUUCUUGACAACUUAACUGAUAAUUUUUCUAUGAGUUUCCUGAUACUUGUAUCAUUCAUCCCAGUGUCUGUGAUAGGCAAUGGUAAGACUAUUACACUUGAUCUUAGCCAAAAGGCCGAGAAGUUUGCAACUUUGCAUACUUGUACAUAUAAUCUGUAUAUGUUACUGUGAAAUGUCAGAAUUUUGGAGGGUGGACAGGCCAAUGGAAAUUUCAGCAUUGAACUGUUCUUUUAUAUUAUUCUUAAAGGCCUAAAACGAGUCCAUGAUUUUUUAAUUUUUUAAAAAUAAAAUGCUGUAUUAAUAGAAAAAAAUACUUUAUUUCCAGUUAAAUAGCACUAUGUCUUUCUAUUUUGUCUUACAAACUCUAUGCCUGAAAAAGCAGGAAAUGAAAAUUAAAGUGCAACUGAUCAUAACUGUACAA